CUGAGCAGAAGCUUGGACGAGAAUAUAAAAGGCAGAGGAAGGCCGGAACAUGAUCCACUGGAUCAGAGAGAGUGUUUAAGAGCAGGAGCUCCGUUUUCGGCAAAGAGGGGAGCGAGCCCAGAGUAUCGGUGUGAUUCUGGUGGGAGACAGAGUUGCGUGUCAGCGCCGCCGCCAAAGAACCUCCUCCUUCCUCCUGCGGCCCCGCCUGACUCCAGGAAAGCAAAGCGGAGGCGCGGCUUGGGGAGCGCCGGUGGAGCCAGUGUGUGGCACAGGCCCAGUUGUGAGCCGGGGGCUCAGAGUGGAUGGGGAGGCGAGGAGGGCCGGCGACAGUAAGUGGCUUCUCCGCCUCGCUUUCCUCUCCCCCUUGCCUGCGAACCUUUCGCCUUCGACUUGCAAGGGUGGCUGCUGAUUUGAAGAACGAAGAAGACUACCACCACAGUGCUGACUCCUUUUUCAAUUCAACAAACAACACUAUCCAAGAAGAGAAGCCAUUAUUUGAGGAGUCGGCAAGAAGCAGAUAUGGUUUGUACAAGCCUGAAGAUCACUUAAAUGGCGCCUAUAUUAUUUUCUUCCUCCUGGGGACUGGCUCUCUCUUGCCUUUCAACUUCAUUGUGACUGCAAAGCAUUACUGGAUAUAUAAACUUCAGAAUUGCUCAGAACAGCCUCCUCCAGCAGAGCAGGGAGCCUCCGAUAUCCGUGACUUCUUUGAAAGCUACAUUUCCGUGGCUUCCACUGUGCCUUCUCUCCUCUGCUUGAUUGGGAACUUCCUCCUAGUCAACAAGAUCUCUGCCAGGGUGCGCAUUCUCUCUGCCUUAGUCGUCAUGUUGGCUGUCUUCAUGGUGCUCACAGUGCUGGUGAAAGUGGACACCUCUUCUUGGACUUCAUGGUUUUUUGUAAUCACCAUAAUUUGUGUGGUCGUCAUCAGCUGUGCUGCCACAAUCUUCAGCAGCAGCAUCUUCGGCCUGACAGGAUGUUUCCCCAUGCGGAAUUCCCAAGCAUUGAUUUCAGGUCAGGCCAUGGGAGGAACAGUGAGUGCCGUAGCAUCGGUGGUAGAUCUGGCAGCAGCAUCCAAUGUUACAGACAGUGCACUGGCCUACUUCCUGACGGCAGACAUCUUCAUCAUUCUGUGUAUUGGGAUGUACCUGAUCCUUCCCAAGUUGGAGUACUCCAGGUACUAUAUGAGACACCAACAGGGCAGCACACAGCCACCAUCCACCUUGCCUAAUGAUUACUUGGAGGGAGAGGAUGUUGUAACGGACAACACCAGCCUUUCCCCACAAAGCAGAGAGCCUGCAGCAAGCAUCCCUCCCUUGCGGCUCAUCCUAAAGACGACCAGUACAUUGGGCUUCUGUGUCUUCUACACAUAUUUCAUUUCUGUCAUCAUUUUCCCUGCAGUCUCAUCCAGCAUAGAAUCUGUCAACAAGGACUCUAAGAGUCUGUGGACGAAUAAGUACUUUACGCCCCUGACUAGUUUCCUCCUGUACAAUUUUGCUGACUGGUGUGGUCGACAGAUCACUGUCUGGAUCCAGGUUCCUGGGCCAAAGAGCAAGCUGCUGCCUGCCAUGGUUCUCUUGAGAACAUUUCUUGUCCCAGUCUUCAUGCUCUGCAACUAUCAGCCUCGAAUGCACAUCAUGAGGGUGGCCUUUGCCCAUGAUGUCUAUCCAGCGGUCUUCAACGUAUUCCUAGGAUUCAGCAAUGGCUACCUGAAUACAUUAUCCAUGAUAUAUGGCCCCAAGGUCACAUCUAAAGAACUGUCAGAGGCAGCCGGGGUGGUGAUGAUGAUGUUCUUGCAGUGGGGGUUGGCUUUGGGAUCAGCCUUCUCAGUUCUUGUGGUCCAUCUCAUAUAGAAGGGAUGAGGUACAUGUUACUGUCGGGUUAACAAGGGAAGGAGGAAAUCAAAGACUCAACGGAUGCAAGCCCAGGGGUUCCAAAAUCUGUGAUUCAAGACCUUUCUAAGGAACUCUGACUGCAACUGGGAUCUCUGUAAUUGCAUCAAGAUAAAUCUGAUGACUCUUGAUUUCCUUCAGAGUAGUUGAUAUUGCCUGGUCCUAUUUGAUUACAACUGUAGUCCCAUUAACAUGGAAGUGUUGAAGUCUGAGCUUAAUCAGUACCAGGACAUUUUCAAAAGGGCAGAAUGAAGAAGUGCCAAAAAGCAACUAUUUUCUUUAGGUGCAGAUCUGUACUCUCUUGACUACAGUGAAAUGGGGAAAGGAAAUGCAUCACAAAGUAGAGGGGCCAAAUUCAUAACUUUAUGGUGCAUUGUUGAUGCUCUCCCUUCCUUCUAGGUAGUGGGGUUCCAUCUUUAAUUGUGUUCCCAGUUGUAAUAUAUUGACUCUUGCUUACUUCUAUUAUUUAUAUGCUACAUUUCAAUGAACAAUUCUCAAAGCAGUGUACAGAGAAAAAGUAUAAUAAGAUGGUUCCCUAAGAGGAGAGCUGGUCUUGUGGUAGCAAGCACGACUUGUCCCCAUAGCUAAGCAGGGUCUGCCCUGGUUGCAUAUGAAUGGGAGACUUGAUGUGUGAGCACUGCAAGAUAUUCCCCUCGGGGAUGAAGCCGCUCUGGGAAGAGCAGAAGGUUUCAAGUUCCCUCCCUGGCUUCUCCAAGAUAGGGCUGAGAGAGACUCCUGCCUGCAACCUUGGAGAAGCCGCUGCCAGUCUGUGAAGACAAUACUGAGCUAGAUAGACCAAUGGUCUGACUCAGUAUAUGGCAGUUUCCUAUGUUCCUAUUCCCCAAAGCCUAAACACAUGCAUGCACAGUAGACACCAGCAACAGCCACUACAGGCGGUGCAGUGCUGGGGUUGAAUAGGGUCAGUUGCUUUCCCCCAGAUCAGUAACAGAAUCACCACUUUUAAAAAGUGCCCCUUUUGUUCAGUUAGCAGGGGCAAAUAUAGUAGUACACUUCCUGUCUGAAGCCUGCAUUUGAGGAGAUUUCUGUUUUGGUACAUGUCUUUCCUCACAGGGUUUAUGGGGAAGAGAGAUGUUUAUGUUUUGCUAGGGACACUUAAUUUUUGGUCAAAUUUAGGGUUGAUCAUUUGAAAAGGUGGGGGAGGGGGGAAUCAUAAAAUUGUGUGUUCAUUGUUCUGCAACUCCAUGUUCCAGGUCAGGAUCCUCAAUGAGGUUAAGUGCCCUGUGGUGUUGCAAGCCCCCACCCAUUCAUAAUAUUGUUUAAAAUUGCAGUGUUUACCAAUAAGGAUACUGAGGUAUGGGCUAUGCCUAUUCCAUUGCAUGGGAAAACGAAAGCCCUGUGCACUUAUGGUGCUAGGGGUCAACGAGACCCCUCAAAAUGCUGUUGUUAUACUGUAAUUGUUCUUUUAUUCUGCUUGGACCAGAAUCUGUACCUUCUGUGGCCUUUGGAAAAGGAGCACACACCAGAUCUCUUCUAGAUCAUGUUUUUAAAGAAAAAAAUCAAACGCUGGAGGGAAAAAUACCCCUCAAGGCAAAUGUCAAGAUUAGUGUGGGAUUCCAUUAUUGCUGGUGCUAUGGGGAGGAAAAAUGAAUGACAUUGAAUAGGAGAAUGCCCGAUGAGGGCAGCAUUAGCCAUUACAAAGGAAAAGGAGGGUGUUUUCAUCUCCAGGCAAAAGUAGGGAGAAUCUGGAUGCAGAAGAUGCUCAACUUCUUACCCAUGCACCCCCAGGCCGUUGUUAAUGCCUGUCAUCACCCAACUGGAAAGGAGCCUUUUUGGCAGAAAGAACUGUGGAACCUUUGCUGGGGAGAAUCUGUGGGCAGGACCAGGGCUGAGUAUCCCUCCCUCCGAUCCUUCCCAGCAAGUGUUUGCUCUAGCAUUUGCGUUCUUGGCACACAUGGGUUUAGGAAUAUGGCUGAGAUAAUGUGUGUUUUCACCCUAAGUGUACAGCCAUGUUUGCCCAGGCACACUCCUCAAUUAGGCAAGCAUUUUUGUAUAUGUAAGGCAUUGGCACACAGGUAUUGGAGAGGAAAUAUCUGGACACAGGAGUUUUGUCAGCAGAGUGAAUGACAAAGUGACCCAUGACUUCUAAUAAUCACACAACAAGGUCUCACUAUGUGCCCCUUCUUAUCUGAUAGCAUCCUUUUCCUGUGACUAAAAUAUCAGUAACAGACUGAUUAAAUGGCAUCUUUUAAUCCUGUUUAAUCUGUACUUUUGGAAUUAUGGGCUGCAUCAAUAGUGUGUAAUUUUUCUAAAUUGAUGCAUAUUGAUAUUGAGUGUGUUUGCAUUCCCCAAGCUCCCAUAUGAAGAUCUAAAAAGAAAUAUAAGACAUUACUGGAGCUGAUAACGCUUGUGCUUUAUUCAGCUAAGGGACUGAAGAAAGAGACUUGCUGAAAUCCAUGGUAAUGUUUGCACAAAACUGGUAUAUUGCUCAAGGUGGGCAUUAUGGAAUCGAAUGGACUGGUUAUUGCAGGUCAUGUUCAUUUUAAUCAUGAUGUAAAAAAAAUAAUCUUAUGUUUAAUUCUGAUGCACUGAUAGAAAAAAACACAAAACUAAUGUAAUCAAUUUGUAUAUCAAUCAAAGUGGGGUGUCUUGGAGGUGAUUUCAUACCUUAGAAGGCUUUAAUAUUUAAAGUACAUAAAAAUAUUUAAAGUACAUAAAAUAGUUCUGACUUUAACUUGAGUUAUAUGUUUUUUCCUCUUGUAAACAGGAUUUAUUUGCAUGCAGAAGUAUAACUUUUUAAAAACUUGUUAUACUGUACAUCUGGUGGACGCGUUAAGCAUAGAAAACAUUUGCUUUGGGCUUUGCUGUUCUAGAUCUGCUUCACACAAGAUAAUCUCCUACGUGCAUAAAAUUUUCAGGUUGAAAAAACUUUGUGCAUAAUGUAUGUGCAAUGGCCCAUGUGAGAGAUGCACAAAUAUUUGUUGUACAUAUAUACGUGGGGAGUGAAGAUGUGUGUGCCUGUCAUAUGUGAUGGUGUAUGUUACAUGCCCAUAUAGGAAACUAUAUGGUGUGAACCAAAUGGAAGAGUGAAGAUGACAACAGUGGGCACGUGUACUUAAAUUUUAGGACAUUUAUUGCAGAGGCAAAAGCUAAACUGAAUCCUGUCCAUUCUCUUUCUGGUGAGAACUCAGAGAUAAAGCACUUGGUGCAAUCCACUGAGAUUUUCUGUAAUGUAGGUCCCAUAGAAAUGCAUUCAACUUGCACAAGUCAUGCAGGAGAGAUUCCAGGGGGUUGUGCCAUUGGGAUGUUGGGUGCUGCACUUUUGUGGGAUGCUACUUGCACUGUUAAGGUGGCUUAUGCAGUCUGCUCUGUGUUGUGGCUGUGGGCCUGGAUUAAGAGAUGACUUGAAGACCCAAACCUCUGUGUCUCAGUAUUUAACACUUGACAGAAUGCUAAUUGGAAAAUAAUCUGAUCCUGUUGCCAAAGACUGAUCCUGUUGCGUAUCAUGUGUAGGAACACUGGCUGCUUGUAGUGUGGUUGUGAACAGAAAGAUCUUUUAAAAUCCAGAUCUCUUUGCUUUCUGUUUUUAUUAUUGGAUCUAAAGAAGAGAACAGAGCUAGUGGAUAGUAAACUGACAUGAUUGACAUCUCAGCAGUAACUGGGAAUAGAGUGCCCUAAGUGUGCGUUUGCUAUUUAGCUUGGGAUCACUAGUAAUGCGUACCAAGUAUAGCUUUAUAGGUAAUUUAGGAAUAAAAAUGAAACCCAGACGUGAGUAGAAAAUUUACUAGGCAUGUGAUGGAGGAGAAGCAGCUUUAUGGUUUGUGAUAUGCCAUUGUGUAAACUCUGGAAAUCGUAAGUGAAUACUUGUUCCAUUAGGAAAUCCUUCGGUCUUUGCUGCAUGGAUUUAUGACCUAGGCUGACUGGCUUUGAUUAGUCUCACACUUCCUAUUUGCUUUUCCAUUUGGAAAACAGCACAGAUAAAAGGUUUGGAAGCGCCCUAUGCUCAUCCGUUUUGGAAUGAGUUGUGUGUGUAUAUAAAUGAGCCCAAAGUGUAUUUCAGGCUGUAUUUUCUGCAGAAUAUCCGCCGCCCCCCGCCCCCCCCCCCCCACAUUUUUGGUGCAGCUGAAAUGUAAUACUAAACCAUACUUUAAUCUCUGAAAAGCAUAGUUAGGUCUGAUUUGACAAAUGAACGUGGCAUCUUCAGAAAUUCAGCUGUUCAAGUUCUUAAAUAGAGGUACUGUAACUGUGCCUCUUGUGGUGCUAUGGUAGAGAAGUCCUUCCACAAAAGCUAUGAGCAAAGCUAUGAGCUAUGAGGGUCAUUUUUAAACCUUUUUUUACACAUGUCAGCAUGUACCUCUGCUGUUGUUCAUUUGUGACCUCAAAGAAGCAAAAUGCUUAACUUCUGUUAGGCUUCUGUUCCUGGUGGCAAUCCUUAUUCAUUACAGGUGAGCGACACCUGCUCAGCAUUCUACUUGACUCUACUUUGAAAAGUCAAAAAGCACUUGUCCCUUUUAAUAUUUUAAUUGAGACCUGUGAAUGAGGAAGAUGCUGGCAGCUAUUUGUUAUCUUGAAAACAGGGUUUUGUUGACUCUUCUCCUUAACUACACUGCAGAUAAUUGCUCAUUUUGUCAUCUGUGACAAAUGAGGAGUGCUACCAGGCAUGGAAGCUUGACCAAAGUUGAGCAUUUUGUUUCUUUUCAGCCGUGGAUGUAGAUAGGUGGGCUAGUUCAAAAGUCAAAAUAGAUAUAUAACAGACAUUAGGAAAUGGAGACAAUAGACACUUUUCCAAUAGUCAAGACUAGGUGAAUGCUUAGUUGGCAUGCCGCUCUCUGUGGUUGCAUAGAAAUUGAAUCUUAUUUGAGCACACUGUUCUGGAGGCACACUCAUAGAGGCUUACGCAAAUUUCAGGACUGAGCUCUGGAAAAACCAAUUCUGCAAGUGCAGCAGAAGCUAGCUAUGCAGGGCACUAGCCAGCCAGCUCAGUGUCCUUCAUUGCAAGGCCCAUAAGCCAGUGACAGAUCCCCUCAACCCCUAUGACAGUUCCCUGACUAAUUGUUGGUUAGGCCUGUGCUGAGCUUUGGCCAAAGCCAAAUACUCUUCAUAGCUCUACACACACACACACACAUGCGCGCCGUGGGUACCACACAAAGGCAACCAUUCCCACUUUGUAGGCUGUGAUCUGUCUACUGCCAGUGGGACCCCUUUAAGGGAAACAGAGCCCUGGCACCAUCUUGGAAGGUGUUAAUAGAGCACUGGGUAGUGUAGUCCUUCCCAGCACUUUCCCCAUAGAGCUCAGUGGGGAAGGACUCCACUUCUAAGUGCUCCAUGUGUACCUUCCAAGAUGGCACUGGGGCUCAACAAGGCUCUGCUUCUCUGAAAGGGACCCUCACAGCACUGCAUGGAGGAUCAGCACAUGGGAAAUGACUCUCACCUUGAAGGUUGCCAGAGUGGCCCUCACUUGAAAAAUAGUGAAGCUCACUGGACUAGCUACUGCUUAUGUACCACCUCUCUCCCUGCCUCCCUAGAGCACUUCUGCAACUUUUUUUAAGUGAUUGUUUUUAAUUUUUAAAAAGGCAAUAUAUGCAUUUUUAAUUGAAUAGGAUUAAAUGUGGUUUUUGUUUUGCCUUUUUAAAAAGGCAAGAUAGUUUGAUGUGUAAGGGAAGGGAGCAAGGCUGUCAACUGAAUUAAUGUGUGAAUUGCUGGUAAGUGUCUGUCAAUUACAUUGGCUUUCUCCCACAUUUGCAAACUUGCCCCAAAGGAACAAAGUCGUUUAAUAUUCUGUUUGUACAUAGGCCAGAAUUUGCCUGCCUGAAUUUGAAAGUAUUCCGUGGGUUCAGCCACAGUACUUGUUGCAAGUGACAGACAAACCAAAUAUGCACACCCACAAGCCCAAUGGGGCUAUGCCAGUCUUUUCCCUAGCCCAUUAGAGCAGCAAUGAUCUGUGGGGACAUCAGAGUGUCAGUAGUGUGUAACCAAUCAUAUUGUGCCAUAUCUGUGCACCAAGCACUACCUCUUCCUGUUGACUUCUGUGAUAAAGCUGAUGUUUGGAAUAUCCUAGACGUUUUUAUUGCCAGAUCCUUGUAAGUCUUCUAUUUUGUUGAAAUCUAGCUUUCUUAUUGUAACAGGUUUUGCUCCACAAUGGACUCUGGUAAAUUGUUCACCAAUCAAAUUAAUUGUAGCUUUUUGAAACACAAACUUGUCCAGCAUCACUAAUAAAAAGUUUUUAUAAAUA